AAAAUAAAAAAGGGUUACCGCUAAAGUGACCUCUACUUAAACGUACGUCAAGGAAGCUUGGCAAUAUUAUCUUUCGUUUUUUUGCGGUUGCCUUAGCAACACAAACCGAAAAUGAAUUUUAAUUAAAUAUAGAAAAACGUUCUCUUUUCUUGCCGUGCUGAAGGAAAACUACAGUUCUUGAAACGGAAAGGAUCUUACAAAGCAUUUUGUUAGCGAUAUUUGAUGGAUAGUUUGAUUGCAAGGCAGUUCAAGGGAAACAUCUUGAAGAGGUAGUGCUAAGACGUAUUGUAUUUCCAUUUGAAUAAGUCUUUUGUCUUGAAUGCGAUCAUUGGGUAUGACUUGAUAUGCUCUGGUUGUAAAUUUGCAUUCAACACACGUUUGUCGCUUGAAAGUUGAACGCCAAUAUCGGCCCAAGCCAUAAACGACACUGUACUGAAAUGGCGUCUGAUGAAAUAGUCGUGUUAUAUAGCGAAGAAGAAGAAGAAGGCUUUGAUGAAACUGCCUGUAAAUAUGCUCUAGGGCAAAGAAAGGCCAGCAGGGAAGAAAAACCAAAAUACAUAUGGACAGAAGAGAAGAUAAGGACGUUAAUCAAAGUGUGGUCCAAGACGCCAAUCUUGUACGACACCAAAGACUCACUCUACUUCAACAAAGUUGAACGGGAAAAAGCCAUCUCAAACAUUGCCACAAAACUUGGGAUUACUGUUAUCGAUGUUUUGGGGAAAAUGUACUCUCUACGGACUUAUUACUCCAAGCAACAGGGAAUGAUCAAGGCUAGUAUUAACAAGGGCACGGAAGAUGUGUACAAGCCGCGUUGGCAAUGGUAUGAAAGUCUGUCUUUUCUUAGCGAUCACAUGAGGAUGAAACUCAAUAAUGUUUGUCCAGGUAGUGUAAGAUCAGAUCCAAUAAAAGAUCCUCUUGUAGUUAAUACAGCUGUUCCAGAAAGAACAGAUUCUCCCGAGAUUCAGGAAUUGGAAAUUUCAGUGAAUCCCACCACUAAGAAAGCUCGGCUUAGCAUCGAUGGAGAUACGACAGAUGAAACAGUUCACUCAACUAAGCAGCAAACACAACACGAUGCUCAGGCAUCAGAUGAUAUGUUAUGGGCCGAGCAAAUGGGAAGGUCGAUACAAAAGAUUGAAGACGAAGAAUUAAAGGAAUGGUUGAAGCUUGAAAUCCAACAGAUGAUUAUACGAACUCGCUUCAAGAAACCACGGGGUUCUUUCAACACGGAAUUUAAUUCUGUUUCGAGUUAGCGCCACGAUCGGCCCAUUUCUUCAGUACCAAAUUUUACAACUUAGUUAGAAACUGUGCAAAAAAACUUUGCAAAAUUAUACCUUAGUUAAUAGAAGGGGAACUCUAUUAACUAUGGAAAAAGUGGAAGACGUUUUUGCAUCAUGGCCGCAACACGCGGGUCAUCAAAUCUGUCUAUACCUUACCACAUUUGUACGACUGAUCGAGAAGAAACUGUUCAAGUUAUAGAUAGACGCUUAUUACACGGUACCGGACGAGUUUUCAACUGGUCGAUUCAAAAAUUUGACUUGUACAUACCGUUUAUACGGAACCGUCUUUUUAAUUGCAUAAAAAAUACGUUCUGUUUACACGGAACCGAAUCA